UUGAAACCGACUUGUUCAUACUUUUAUCAUUUCUGUGGACCUGGAGGGGGCCACACGAGGGGACACGGUACACUUAUAUGGUGUCCGUGCUGACCCAUGUCGACACACACACACACACACACAAACAAUGAAAACUCGUGUCGACUUUUCAAAAAAUGUAAAUGUCGGUAUUUUGACCUUGUCGGUAUUUUACAUGUCGGUAUUUUGACACUGUUGGGAUUUUGACCGUCGGUCAGUUGUUCUUGGUAUUUUGAACGUCUGGAUUUUGAUUGUAGGUAUUUCAUACUGAUCCCAGCUGGCCUGGGCCGUGGAGUACAUUGUAUUAGCUGAGGAAGAGACACGGAGGGAGUUAAAGGCUCCUUAUCCUGCUGUGACAUUUGGGAGAACUCCGCCCAGCUGCAGACUGAUACCUUUGGCAGGACUGCCCGGCCGGAGCCAGGGAUGAGCUGGAAGGAUCUGUCAGGGCUCAGCGGUGUCGUCCCAUCUGCUGCUAUUGGUGGAACAUGGCCCCCUCUCGGCUUGUCCUCUUCCUCUGCGUAGCGUUGGUGGGACAAACGGAUGGUGACCUCACACAGUUUUGGAAAAUGGUAUAUGAAGUGACCGGGAGAUGGCCAAUUCUUACCUAUGCGUUCUACGGGUGCUUCUGUGGUGUUGGUGGCAGCGGCUGGCCAGUAGAUGACAUUGACUGGUGCUGUCACAUUCACGAUUGCUGCUUUGAAAACGUGAUGUGGCGAGGCUGUAAUCCGAAGACGGUGCGCUAUAAAUUCAACUACGGGGAUGCCACAUGCGCUGACAGCGACCUGUACGGCUGCGCCAGACAGACCUGUGAGUGUGACCGGCAGGCCGCCCUCUGUUUCAAGAACAAUGACGAAAAAUAUUCCAUGAGCAGAAACUUCUAUGCUAAGAAGAUCAAAUGUUAUGGGUUCCAGCCCCUAUGCUGACACUUCGUCGUCUCCAGCGCUAGAUGGAGUCAGCAUGACAGCGAUCGCGGCGGUUCCGAGUUACUUCCAGUUUUCAAAUAACUUUAUAAUAUUUGUCCUGCUUCUUAGCUUGGGGCGUUCCCGAGCUUGACCAAUGUGUUGUUCGACAAUUAUCUGCGUUUCGGCCGGUCAUUUACAGCUGGACAGUUUAUUACAAUAAAGAAAAAAAGCCAUUUACCCUCUGUUGUGGUUUCGCACCUGGCCAGGGCAAGAUGAACAAUGGCGCAGAUGGUACCGCACGGCCAGGCCUUCACGGGAAAACAGGCCCAUCAUGAGAGGAGAACAAAGACCAGUCUGCCAUAAAACAUAAGUAUUAAAACUGUCACUGGCCACACCCACACUGUACAGGCCACACCCAUGCAGUACUGGUCACGCCUAUGCAGCACUGGACAUACCCCUGCAGUACUGGACACGCCCAUGCAGUACUGGUCACGCCCCUGCAGUACUGGUCAUAGACCCUGCUCUUCUCACAAUAGGUUCUUCAUAAUUUUCAGCUCCAGGCCCACGUGGCCCUUAAUUCGGCCCUUCCACUAAUAAACACUGCGUUAUGAAGACUUGA